UCUAAACCCCAUUUCUGCCUGGAGGCCUCUCGCUCUCGAGCCCCUCGAAUCCAACCAUUCUUCUUCUUCUUCAUCAUCAGUUCCUCUCUCUCCAUCGCCGCCAUGUACCGAGUCGGUGCAGCCUUGUCCUCGUCUUUGAGGUCCUCUGCUUCCAGAGAACUGGUGCGCAGUAGAGUUGUACAUGGCAGAAAUUAUGUUGCCAAGGAUAUCAGUUUUGGCACUGGGGCUCGAGCCGCUAUGCUGCAGGGCGUUAACGAGCUCGCAGAGGCCGUUAAGGUCACCAUGGGACCAAAGGGUCGUAAUGUAAUUAUUGAGAAAAGCCACGGAGCACAUAAAGUCACAAAGGAUGGUGUCACUGUUGCCAAAAGCAUAAAUUUUGCUGAAAAGGCUAAAAAUGUUGGUGCAGAUCUUGUGAAGCAGGUUGCUAAUGCAACAAAUUCUGCUGCAGGCGACGGUACCACCUGUGCCACGGUCCUUACACAGGCAAUAUUCAUGGAAGGUUGCAAGUCUGUAGCUGCUGGUGUAAAUGUGAUGGAUUUGCGUAGUGGUAUUAGUAUGGCAGUUGAUGCUGUUAUGGAUGAGUUGAAGAGCAGAGCUAUAAAGAUAAGCACACCAGAAGAGAUAACACAGGUGGCAACUAUAUCUGCAAAUGGUGAGCGUGAAAUUGGGGAAAUGAUAGCACGUGCAAUGGAGAAAGUUGGAAACGAAGGAGUGAUUACUGUUUCUGAUGGAAAUACUUUGGAUGACGAAUUGGAUGCGGUGGAAGGAAUGAAGCUGGGCAGGGGAUACAUAUCUCCUUACUUUGUUACUGAUCAGAAGACACAAAAAUGUGAACUGGAAUAUCCACUCAUUCUUAUUCAUGACAAGAAAAUUUCAGAUGUGAACUCACUUGUUCAAAUAUUAGAGCUUGCUGUAAAGAAAAAUCGGCCCUUGCUUAUUGUUGCUGAGGAUGUGGAGGGUGAUGCACUGGCUAUGCUCAUUAUAAACAAGCAUCGUGCUGGAAUUAAGGUUUGUGCCAUUAAAGCGCCAGGAUUUGGGGAAAACAGACGAGCUAAUUUAAAUGACAUUGCUAUUCUUACUGGAGGAGAGAUUAUCAGUGAAGAAAGCGGCUUAAAUCUUGACAAGGUUAAAAUUGAAAUGCUUGGUACUGCAAAAAAGGUCACAGUUUCUCUUGAUGACACUAUAAUUCUUCAUGGAGGUGGGGAUAAGAAGCUGAUUGAAGAAAGAUGUGAACAGCUAAGGACCACCAUUAAGAAGAGCACUGCUAUUUUUGACAAGGAGAAAGCACAGGAGCGAUUGUCAAAACUAUCUGGUGGUGUUGCUGUAUUCAAGGUUGGAGGAGCUAGCGAGGUAGAGGUUGGAGAAAGGAAAGAUAGGGUUACAGAUGCUUUAAAUGCCACAAGGGCAGCAGUUGAAGAGGGAAUUGUUCCAGGUGGUGGCAUUGCUCUCUUGUAUGCCACCAAAGCUCUGGGGAAUAUCCAAACGGCAAAUGAAGACCAGAAGAGAGGGGUUCAAAUUAUUGAGAAUGCUCUAAAGGCACCUACUUUCACUAUUGUUUCAAAUGCUGGCGAUGAUGGUGCUUUGGUUGUUGGCAAGCUUUUGGAGCAAGAUGACCUUAAUUUGGGUUAUGAUGCUGCUAAGGGUCGUUAUGUUAACAUGGUAGCAGCUGGAAUUAUGGAUCCGUUGAAAGUAGUUAGAACAGCCUUGGUAGAUGCUGCCAGUGUGUCAAUGUUAUUGACAACAACGGAGGCUACUGUCGUGGACCUUCAAGGAGAGAAGAACCCACUUGCAAACCGCAUGCCUAACUUGGAUGACAUGGGUUACUGAUUCGGUUGACACGAACUUUGAAGUUUUGACAUUGUUAAGAUGCUAUGCUAGCAAUGCUCGACUUGUAUCGUUUCGGGAACAUGUAUCAUUCCUCCCUAGAGCUGUCGAACUUCUCGACCCAAGAGCUAACAGGUUUACAACUUCUACAAGAACAGUUACAGUAGCUCUUAGGUAACGUACAGUUUUGUUAUUUGCUAGAUUUAUCCUUCUAAUUAUAAUCCUAUUCCAUUCAAGGGCAGACACUGCUCAUCGUUGAUCUCUUUCUGGUUGAUUCAUGCCUUCAAAUGAGACCCAAAAAUGGGAUGAUAGAUGUGAUCGUCAAUUCCAGUUAAUGUUUGGAGGAAAAUGCAUUGGGGAUGAUUCCUGCCCAUUGUUCCUGUUUGCUCUCUUUCCUCAAGUGAAGGGAAAACAAGAUCUUCUAUUGCAAUUAGGCUUCCUUUUUGGCUACUGCUACUGUUUUAACAGUACAGUACUCUAUUGCAAUUAGAAUUAGGAGGGGUCUAUUUGUCUA